UGUUUAGGCCUCUCCACUGAGUGAUCUUUCCUGUGAUUGGUCAGCCCUGCACCUCUUAUGUUUCUGUGGCCUCUCUGUCCCGUUAAUCAGUCAGAGACAUGAGGAACCUGCUGACCACCCAGGACCAGAACUUCUACCGUGAGCUGAUCCUGAAGGAGGCUUACACACGGCUGGCGUGGAAGAUGAAGUACAGUGAGCAAUACCCGACCACCUUCACGGCUCGCAGGUCCAAGUCCACUGGUGUGUUUAACCCUCCAGCUGCCAGUAAACUCACACUACCUCCUGUGGUUCAGAAGCAGGAGAAGAAGAAGCCUGUGAUAGUGCGCCGGUCCCUCAGCGAAGCCCCUCUGAUGAGGCCCGUGACCCCGCAGACUAAAGCUGACCUUUAUCAGGGAUUGUCCAACGAAGGCAAAGGACGACACCUGUACCUGAGGAAGCGAGCCCAAAAAGGUCCUGAGGAAAAGUUCGAUUAUCCCAUUCUCUCAUCUUGGGAUUAUGGAUGGAGAUUAGGAGACUAUGAGAUUGACUGUAAGACUCCAGCCAGCGGGAGAUCUGGGAUUGUACGCAACACUUUCUACGCCAGGAAUGGCAUUUUCAAUAUUCCCACAGUGACGGAUCAGCUCGGAUGAAACGCACUCUCUGAACUUUUAACAGACACCUUUAAUCCAAGCUUUUUUCUGAAGUUAAUCUUUAUUUACUUUAAAUGAAAUCAUAUAUUUUCUGUUUAAGCAUUAUCAAUCCCUAUGAUUUGAAAUCAUUUGAUAAAACAUUUAUUGUAAAAGGCUGUUAUAUGUAAAUAAAC